AUGUCUACCUUCUUGCCGCUCGUCGAGAAAUCAAGCGAGGAGUUGGUAGAACCUUUGUUGCGCAUCGGACCAGUGGUGGUUCCGUACCAACCUCACUCAUCCGACCCUUUACCUUCCCGGACUUACCUCCUUAUCGACCCUAACACGCCCAUAUCGUCGGAAGAGAUUCUGUCCGAACUCGAUGCCGGGGUAGAAAAGGUCAUAGUAUCCCCAAAACUAGCAAAGGAACUGUUGAACCAUGUUCCGGCUCAACGUCUUGCUUUGCUCCUAGACGCCAGCAAUUUCAGUGCAGUGAGCGACACCGUUCGGAAUGCAGUCACAGGAGUUAUUCUGAAGAUGCCGACGGCAGACAUAGACUUCAUCACCUCGGUGGCACGCUUCUUCGCGUCGUGCACCGUCUACGUCCUUUCUGCUGCCCAUACGCCCCCAACGACGGCCAGUAUUCGCCAGCUACGGACUGUUGGCGCGUCCUUCGUCAUUCCAAGCUCCCAGCUUACAAUCGGACCAUCAUCAGGAUCUCAGAUAAAUAUUUCAGAUGCAUUUACAGCUCCAAUUACCUCGGAUCGCAAAGACGGACUCUUCCCUACCGUUGUUUGUGAUGAAACCGGUCACUCGCUAGGACUCGUUUAUUCCUCGGUGAAUUCGAUCAAGGAAAGUAUCGUCACUGGGAAGGGAGUCUACCAAUCCCGAAAGCAUGGUCUGUGGAGAAAGGGCGAAACGUCUGGUGCCACCCAAGACGUUGUUAGCAUCCGACUAGACUGUGAUUCGGACAGCCUCGAAUUCAAAGUCGUUCAACAUGGCGCAGGGUUCUGUCACCUCGAACGACAAUCAUGUUUUGGUGCCGUCGGUGGCAUCACAGCACUGGAAAACACCCUUCUAUCACGGCUCGAGUCCUCUCCCGAAGGAUCGUACACUAGUCGUCUAUUUAACGACCCCGGUCUUCUUCGUUCGAAAAUCAUGGAGGAAGCCGAUGAACUCUGUCAGGCGGCGAGCCCCGAAGAUAUCGCGUUCGAAGCCGCAGACUUGUUCUACUUUGCACUCACGAAAUGCGUCGCAGCGGGCGUAAGCUUUGCAGACAUCGAGCGGUCGUUGGAUCAUAAAGCCAAGAAGGUUGUACGACGACCAGGAAAUGCCAAGCCACAAUGGUCGGCCAGUGUAGCAGCAUCGUCGUCGAAACCGCCGUUAUCUUCUGAACCACCCUCUGCUAACGACGAGAUAAUCAGCAUGCGAACGUUCGACCUCGCCGCGAUCGAGGCAGAGGAGCGGUUACAACUACUUCGACGCCCCGUCCUCAAAUCUGACGAGAUGAUGGCCAAGGUCAGGCCUAUCGUCGAGGACGUCCGCAUCCGCGGUGACGCCGCCCUCCUCGAGCUCACCGCGAAAUUCGACAAAGUUACUCUCGAUGCCACCGUUAUCUUCCCCCCAUUUUCUCCGUCGUCCAUGGAACUCGACGACGAAGUACGGGUGGCCAUAGACAAAGCGUACCACAACAUCCACAAAUUCCAUAACGCACAAGCCGAUCGGUCUACCCUGGUGGUAGAAACCACACCAGGGGUGGUAUGUUCUCGCUUUGCUCGUCCGGUGGCUCGUGUUGGUCUUUACAUCCCCGGCGGUACCGCUAUCCUACCCUCGACGGCGCUGAUGCUCGGAAUUCCGGCGCAGGUGGCUGGGUGCAAGGAAGUAGUCUUUGCCACACCUCCCAGACCCGAUGGAAGUAUAUCUCCGGAAGUGAUGUACGUCGCCCACCUAGUCGGUGCAACUGCGAUCGUCAAGGCUGGCGGCGCUCAAGCAAUUGCAGCCCUUGCCUAUGGGACGGAGACCGUGCCCAAGGUAGACAAGCUGUUUGGCCCGGGCAAUCAAUGGGUAACUGCAGCAAAAAUGUUGGUGCAAAAUGAUACGGAUGCGCUGGUCAGCAUAGACAUGCCCGCUGGUCCGUCUGAGGUCUUGGUCAUCGCCGAUCACACCGCGAAUCCCGCGUUCGUAGCAGCUGACUUACUGUCUCAAGCUGAGCACGGCGUCGACUCCCAAGUGGUGCUCCUGGCUGUCGACCUGCCGGCCGAACGACUCGAAGCCAUCGAACAGGAAGUAGAUAAACAAGCGAAAGCAUUACCUCGUGUCGACAUUGUGCGUCAGUCGAUCGCAAAGAGUAUCAUAGUGAAAACCACGACGGUCGACGAAGCGAUCGAAUUUUCCAACGAUUACGCUCCCGAGCACUUGAUCCUGCACUUGGAAAACGCGUCAGACCGCGUCGCCCACAUCGAUAAUGCGGGCAGCGUGUUCGUCGGCCCGUUCACUCCAGAAAGUUGCGGUGAUUACGCAUCCGGUACAAAUCAUACCCUCCCAACAAAUGGAUAUGCACGCCAGUUCAGCGGUGUUAACACCCAAUCCUUUCAAAAACACAUCACCUCACAGGAGAUCACGGCUGCGGGCCUAAAAGAACUCGGACCAGUGGUUGCAACGUUGGCCGAUUGUGAGGGCCUCGCUGCACAUGCAAAUGCUGUUCGCAUACGGUUGCGCGAGAUGCAGUGA